AUGGGUAAGCAUGAUCUAUCAUCUGUUCUAGAAACCGAAGGUUGUCAGCGAAUCUGUGAUUUUCCCGACCAUCUGCUCGUGCUGAUCUUGCUCUUUGUCCCGACAAAAGAUGCAGUCGCUACUUCAAUCUUGUCUAAACGAUGGCGUUAUGUCUGGACGAUGCUGCCUGAACUCGCCUUCAUAGAUGAAGGCAGCGACAGAUUUGCGUGGUUUAUUAACAAGUCAUUGCAACUCCAUAAGGCCCCGAAACUAGAGUGCUUGAUUACCGAAAUCGGUCCAGGUUGUCGUGUUGACGUGGAUGUCCGAGAGUGGGUUGAGAAGGCAGUUAAUCGUGGUGUGGAAGAGUUAGAUUUGACGCUCCUCUGGAAAGCGGAGCCCACAAGCUUUCCUAAGAGCCUUUACACAUGCAAAACGCUCGUUAUGUUAUCUCUAUCAAACAAGAUCCUUGUGGAUGUUUCUUCACUGGCUUGCCUACCUUCUCUCACAGAUUUGAGUCUCUUAAACGUGGUGUAUAAAGACGAAGACUCUCUUGCUAGGCUUUUAUCAAGUUCCCCGGUUCUCGAGUAUCUGAGGGUGGAAAGACAUAAGGAUGACAACUUGAAAAACUUUACCGUGAAAGUGUCUUCCUUACAAACAUUAUAUUAUGCUUGGACGAAGGAAGAUAAUGAAGAGGAAGAGGAAGAGGAAGAGGAAGAGGAAGAGGAAGAGGAAGAGGAAGAGGAUGAUCUCAUUAGGUCGUUGGUAAUCGAUUCCCCUGCAUUAACGAAUUUGCGCUUAAUUGACGUUUGGGAAGACUGCUUAAUCAUAGACCACAUGGCUUGCCUUAAUGUGGCAAACAUCGUUGUUCAUAACCCCGAUGACAAGCUUCUCAGAUCUCUUUCUUCUACUAUACAUCUGCACUUGAAUUUGACCAUAUCAAAGGUUGUAUGUUUUAACGCCAUUGAGUUCUCUCGGCUCAUAGAGAUUUACCUAUCUUGUCUAGAUGAAUCAGUAGAUUGUUUGAAACCACUUAUGUUUUUGCUUCAGAAUUCUCCUAAAUUAAAAUCUCUUACGAUCGAAGCUAUAAAUGGGGCCCUUUGGAACCAGCCCAGUUCUGCUCCCGGAUGCUUUUCGUCUCAUCUAGAAAUGUUUGUGUGGUUCGACUAUGGAGGAAGAGAAGAUGAUAAACAACUAUUGACAUACAUUCUCGCUCACUCAAAAUGUUUAAAGACAGUGGAAAUCUACUUCAAACGACCAACCUGCAAUCUUGAAGAGAGACAAAAGGAGAUAGAGUCUAUGCCUAGGAUUUCAACAUCGUCUAGGCUUCUAUUCCCCAGUGAAAUGGUAUGGAGGUUUAACGGAAGAAAUAUUAUUUUGACAGAUUGUUGA